AUGGAGCUUCUGCGGAGUCUGAGGAAGUCUCUGAAAGGCAGGUGCAGGCCGGUAGGUAGCGGCCUGGAUGCAGCAGCACUGGAACAGCAGCAGUAUCGAUUUUAUUUCUUUGUCUUCUUUCUCAGCAUCUACCUCCUGACACUAAGUGGAAACACAAUCAUAAUCUUGGUGGUUUGGUCUAACACAAGUCUUCAUACUCCUAUGUACUUCUUCAUUGCCAAUUUAUCCUUCCUGGAUUUGUGGUUUGUGUCCACCACUGUUCCCAAGCUCCUGUCCAUACUGCUGACCAACAACAAAAGGAUCCCAUUUCAAGCAUGCUUUGCUCAGCUCUACAUGUUCCACAGCCUAGCCAUCAAUGAAUGCAGCUUGUUGGCUAUUAUGGCAUUCGACCGUUGUAUGGCCAUAUUUACCCCUCUCAGAUACCCCAGUAUCGUAACUGGAAGAGUAUGCAAGGUGGUAAUGUUCAUAUGCUGGUGUUAUGGUUUCUUGUUGGCCAUAAUGCCAUUGACCCUUACUGUAAGUCUUCCAUACUGUAAACCACGUGAAUUAAAACACUAUUUCUGUGACUUAGCACCACUUAUGAGUUUGGCAUGUGCUGAUACAGCCCCUAUAAACACUUCCAAUCAAUCAGCCAGCAUUAUCGCUGCCUUAUUCAUCCCUCUUUUCAUUUUGACCAUGUAUAUAAUUAUAAUAUACUCCAUAAGGAAGAUAAAGACAAAUCAAGGGCGAAGUAAGGCCUUCUCCACCUGCUCAUCACACCUGACCACGGUUAUUCUAUUUUUUAGCAGUGUUUUUGUUGUCUAUGUUUUACCAAAAGAACUGCAGGAGACCGACAAAGUUUAUGCCCUAAUUUACAAUAUAUUCCCCCCUUUGUUUAAUCCGGUAAUCUAUGGUUUGAGGAACAAAGAUGUUAAAGAGGCUCUAAAAAGAAGCAUCCAAAAAGUGAACAGUCAAUAG